UAUUUGUUUCAGAUAUUUUCUGCAUUUGGUUUUGUUCACAAAAUUGCUACAUUUGAAAAGGCUGCUGGCUUCCAGGCAUUAAUCCAAUUCACUGAUGCUGAAACUGCUUCUUCAGCGAUAGAUGCCUUGCAUGGUAGAAGUAUUCCCAGGUACUUGCUUCCAGAUCAUGUUACUUCUUCUCAUCUGCGAAUCUCGUAUUCUGCACACACUGAUCUAAAUAUCAAAUUUCAGUCUCAUUGGAGCAGGUAA